AUGUGGACGAGCCAGACCAACCCUGGUGGCUGGUCACAGAGGGGCAGCCAGCCCCAGCAGGGGUUCUUGCGGAUGCCCCAGGCCUUCCAGGCUGAAGAAGCCCAGAUGGGUGGCCUGGGGCACCCACCCAUGAAUAUGGGCUUUCCUUCGGAGGGUGAAAGCGGCAUCCAGGCCAACAACCCCCCGGCCAGCCUAAUGGUGCAGCAGCUACAGCAGAACCAAGGCAGCCUCUUCCAGCAACUAGAGUCCACCUACCAGAACUCCCUGGCCAACCCCUUGGGCCAGUUCAACGUCUACCACAGAGAAGGCCAGCAGUUCUACCAAGGCACCCAGCACGGCCCCUACCUAAGGGACGACCCUGCUCUCCACUUCUCACCCUCCGAGCUGGGCUUCCUGCCCUACAACACAGAGUUGCCCGAGUCUGAGCCCCGGGAGCUGGCCGUGCAGAAUGCCAAGGCCUACCUGCUGCAGACAAGCAUCAGUUGUGACCUCAGCCUGUAUGAACACCUGGUGAACCUGCUGACCAAGAUCCUGAACCAGCGGCCUGAGGACCCCUUGUCUAUCCUGGAGGUGCUGAACCGCACCACACAGUGGGAGUGGUUCCACCCCAAGCUGGACACGCUGCGGGAUGACCCAGAGAUGCAGCCCACCUACGAGAUGGCGGAGAAGCAGAAGGCGCUGUUCAGCCGGGGUGGAGGCGGCAUGGAGGGAGAACAGGAAAUGGAGGAGGAGGUG